AUGGCUAUUUUUAUAGUAUCUCAGCAGCAGCAGGAGCACCACUCGGAGGUUCUUGCGAUGCUUCGAGAAAUCUAUGUUGCUGUUACAGGCAAGCCGUUACGUGUCCACUACGUGAUGGGCGACGCAGAUGCUGCUCAAUGGAAUGCUGUCCACGAAGUUUUCAGUCCCGACAACGAUAUCGUUUUCCUGAUGUGCUAUUUCAUGUAG